AUGAGCCGCUACUACGGUGUGUGCGCCGUGCCGACGGACAGUGACACAAAGACGAACUGCAUCUUCCUCAACACGCUGGACUUUGCGGAGGUGGCAACCCCUCAGGCAGCAGCCGCUGGGGGCUCUUUCGCGGUGCUGGUGCAGGGCUUUCCCUUCACGGUGUGCCGCAGCGAUGCCGUGGAGCGUGGUGCAGUGGCGAUGAACAGCAUCCAGCGCCGCCUGCUUGGUGUGUCCACUGGUGCGCGCAGCACGGUGGUGCUGGAACCGUUUCCGUCAAGGGUGCCCGACCUACGCAUCCUUAAGAUCCAAGUGGAACCGAUUUCGGCGCGGCAGGCGAUUACGCUGGACUGUCAGGCCUGUAUCGCCUACAUGGAGAAGAUGUACAGUGGGCAGUACUUUCGCGCCACACAGCAGCUAGCCAUCGUCAUGGACACUGGUGAGCGCAUGCGCGCCACCGUAAUGACGACAGAGCUGGAGGAGUCGAAGGAGGUGUCGGCUGCAAGCUUGGACAUUGGUCGCUUUUCCCGCGGUGUGACACAGGUAAUCAUUACUGCCAACGAGUCCAGCGGCAUCGCCCUCAUGAACGUGUCGGAUGCGCAGAUGGAUGCACAGCAGCCACAGCUCGUGCGCAACUUCAACCUGGAAAACCUUGGCAUUGGUGGCCUGCGAGCCGAGUUCGGUCAGGUCUUCCGUCGCGCAUUCGCGAGCCGCAUGUUGAAGCCAUCCUUCAUUAAGAAGCUCGCUCUGAAGCACGUCAAGGGUGUGCUGCUGUUUGGCCCCCCUGGCACAGGUAAAACCCUCAUCGCACGUAAGAUUGGUGAGAUCCUGAACUGCCACGAGCCCAAGAUCGUGAACGGCCCGGAGGUGUUCAAUAAGUUUGUCGGUGGCACCGAGGAGAACAUCCGCAAGCUCUUCACAGACGCAGAGAAGGAGCAAGCCGAGAAGGGAGACCAAUCGCGGCUGCACCUUAUCAUCUUCGACGAGUUCGAUGCCAUCUGUAAGCAGCGUGGCGCCGUGCGAGACUCGACGGGCGUGAAUGACAACGUCGUCAACCAGCUGCUGUCAAAGAUCGAUGGCGUGAACUCGUUGAAUAACGUGCUUUUGAUCGGUAUGACGAACCGGCUCGACUUGAUCGAUGAGGCCAUACUGCGCCCUGGUCGCUUUGAGGUUCACGUGGAGAUUGGCUUGCCGGAUGAGCCGGGCCGCGUGGAGAUAUUCCGCAUCCACACGCGCGGUAUGCAGGAUAACAACAUCAUGUCCACCGACGUCAGUCUGGAAGAGCUGGGAAAGAUGACGAAGAACUACUCGGGGGCCGAAAUUGAGGGCGUCGUGCGCGAUGCAACAUCGAACGCGUUCAACCGCCACAUCGACCUCGACCAUCCUGACAAGAUGGUCGAGGACACGAACGUACUUGUCACGCGCGAGGACUUCAUGAAGGCGCUGGAGGAGGUGACCCCUGCGUUUGGCCAGGCCAAGGAGGAGUGCGCCAACCUGCGUCGUGGCGGCAUCAUCGACUACGGCGACUCGUGGGAGGUGGUCAAGUCGCGCUGCAAGCGCUACACCGACCAGCUCAGCGCCGCGGGAAAGCGCAUCGACUCCCUUGCCGUGCUUAUCGACGGUGCCCCCGGAAGCGGCAAGUCUGCGGUCAGCGCGUACCUCGCGGAGAUAGCUGACUUUCCCUACGUCAAGGUGGUGUCAGCUGAGGACAUGGUGGGCUACGGCGAGAUGCAGCGAGUCAACAUCCUGCGUAAAGUCUUCGAGGACGCGUACAAGUCGCCAGCCAGCUGUGUCAUCCUUGACGACCUUGAGCGUCUCAUCGACUUCUCACAACUUGGUGGACGCUACAGCAACACGCUGCUACAGGCACUACUGGUGCUGAUCAAGCGCCCGCCGCCGGAGGGGAAGAAACUCCUGGUGGUCGGCACCACAGCGCAGUAUGACAUCAUGGACAGCCUGGAGCUAGGGGCGUGCUUCUCGGUUAAGUUGCACCUGCCUGGUGUUCCUGUGCCAGCGAUCCCGAAAGUGUGCGAGGGACUCGGCCUCACCUUCGCCUCUCAGCAGGACAUGGACAGCUGCUUGAGUCUCAUGUUGCAUGAUAUUCCGAUGAAGCAGCUGAUGCUACUUCUGGAGAUGGCUUCAGAGCAGAAGGGCAGUGGGCGGCCGCUCAUCACGUACCAGUCCAUGUUGCGGGCCAAGGAGUCUGUUGGGGGGUACUAG